AUUAAUUGAUAAGCAGUUUUUUAAAUGUAAAUGAUAGAUUUUAUAAAGAUAAAGUUAUUUUAAGUUGAUUAUUCGUGUAUCUCUUCACAUAUUUAUUAUCUUUGAUCACAUUACUUUGGUAUUUUUAGUUUUUGGUUGAAUUGAUCAUGGGCAAAAUGAUUACUAAUUGUGCACUGUUCAUUCUCUUGAGCUUUCUUAAGCUCGGCUUUUCAGAUUUAAUAGUGGAAGUGGAGAGUGGCAAAGUGAAGGGCUAUCAAAGAACGACAAUAACAAAUGUAACUUAUUAUGCUUAUCAAGGAAUUCCAUAUGCUCAACCGCCAGUCGGAGAGUUACGGUUCGAAUCAAUCAAUCAAUCAAUCUUUUAUAAUUCUCAGGCGUCGAAACCUGCUCUGGAUUGGGAGGGAGUUCUGGACGUGAAAAAGAAUUCCAAAUUCUGUUAUCAAGUCUCUUCCAAUGAAGAAGGAGAAGACGAAGACUGUCUGUAUUUGAACGUCUUCACCCCAGUGAAACCGAACGAGAACGCUUCACUUCCAGUUUUGGUGACGAUUUACGGUGGUGCAUUCAAAAACGGUCGCGCUUCUUCGACAAACCCUCGCGUUUUCAUGGAGAGAGAUAUUGUGGUAGUCAGUUUGAAUUACAGAGUCGGAGUAUUCGGAUUCCUGUCCACAAAUGAUGUCACCAUUCCCGGCAACAACGGACUCAAGGAUCAAAAUUUGGCAUUGCAGUGGGUGCAACGAAACAUCCACCUCUUCGGGGGAGAUCCCGCUAAAGUCACCCUUAAUGGACAAAGUGCUGGUUCGGCAUCAGUUGCUUUCCACUAUUUGAGUCCCAAAUCUGCUGGAUUGUUUAGGGCAGGAGUGGGAGAGAGUGGAGUACCUCUGUGCAACUUCGCUUACGCCAGAACCGCAAACGCAACCGCCUACAAUCUGGCCAAAAGCUUGAACGAAUUAAUCACAAAUGAAACCUCUUCAUCGGAUCUUCUGACAUUUCUAAGAAGCGUUGCGGCUCGAGACUUGGACGCAGCCGCUGCUGACCUCAAGGAAUGGGCUCCGGUCGUGGAACCCGAACAUGAGGGUGCUUUCGUCACCGAACCUUUUUACGAAGCGAUCCAGCAGGGACACAUUAACAAGGCUCCUCUUAUCCUAGGUUUUAAUUCCGAGGAGGCGAUCGUGCAAAAAGGUGAAAAUUUGGAUUCGUUCAAAAAGGAGAUGGCCAGGUACGACGGUGACGUUAGGAAGUUGGUGAAUGUGGACAUGCACAUUACGGAUAACGCAAACUUGACGGGUGUGGGAACGGCCAUAAGGCUUAUGUACACCACCGGAGAUCUACAGGACGAUUUAGGAGCUGCCAUCAGAUACUUCAGUGACAAUCAAUACACAAGGUCAAUAACAAAGUAUGCCAAACUACAGUCACAAUUCACAGAUGUUUACUUCUACGUGUUUUCCUAUCACGGUACAUUAGGUGGUAACGAUGUCGAAGUGGAAGGUUUGUUUUAUUUGUUGAGAGAGUGUACAUCAAAAUUUACAUAUACCUCCGAUUUAUAG